GAGGAACCAGCGCUGGCAUCGCAGCGGGCCCUCCACGCCGACGACGCCAUCUUAGCAGCGGAGCACCCCAAGCCCCGAACGGGGGCGGCCGCGCACCCCUUCCCUCCCGCGCUCCUCGCCGGCGGGAGGCGGAGGAGGAAGAUGCCGGGGAAACUGAAGGUCAAAAUCGUGGCGGGGCGCCAUUUGCCGGUGAUGGAUCGCGCUAGCGACUUGACCGACGCCUUUGUGGAGGUAAAAUUUGGAAACACAACGUUUAAGACAGAUGUAUAUCCAAAGUCACUUAAUCCUCAGUGGAAUUCUGAAUGGUUUAAAUUUGAAGUAGAUGAUGAAGAGCUACAAGAUGAGCCUCUCCAGAUCACAGUUCUUGAUCAUGAUACCUACAGCGCUAAUGAUGCUAUUGGCAAAGUGUACAUUGAUAUUGAUCCUUUGCUCUAUAGUGAAGCAGCUACGGUUAUUUCAGGAUGGUUUCCAAUUUAUGAUACCAUCCAUGGUAUACGUGGGGAGAUUAAUGUGGUGGUGAAAGUAGAUCUCUUCAAUGAUUUAAACAGAUUCAGGCAGUCAUCAUGUGGAGUAAAGUUUUUUUGCACUACGUCUAUUCCAAAGUGUUACAGAGCAGUAAUAAUUCAUGGAUUUGUGGAAGAGCUGGUAGUUAAUGAAGACCCAGAAUACCAGUGGAUAGACCGAAUACGUACACCAAGAGCAUCAAAUGAGGCUAGACAAAGACUCAUUUCUCUAAUGUCAGGUGAGCUGCAAAGGAAGAUUGGCUUGAAAGUCCUUGAAAUGAGAGGAAAUGCUGUUGUUGGUUAUUUGCAGUGUUUUGAUUUGGAGGGAGAAUCUGGACUGGUAGUACGAGCCAUAGGAACAGCCUGCACGUUGGAUAAAUUAAGUAGCACAUCAGCAUUUUUACCUGCAUGUAACUCUCCAUCCAAAGAAAUGAAGGAGAUUCCCUUCAAUGAAGAUCCCAAUCCCAAUACUCAUUCAUCAGGACCCUCCACCCCUCUGAAAAACCAAACCUAUUCCUUUUCACCUUCCAAGUCCUACAGUCGACAAUCCUCUUCUUCUGACACAGAUUUGAGUUUGACACCCAAAACUGCACCUUCCCCACAGGGACCUAGGAUUUUCCUGUUUCCCAGCUCCCCUACACUCUCAUGUGAUUCCCCACAUCUUAAAAAGUCCUGUCUCCUCCUCUCGGGGUCUAGCCUUUACCCUCUACACUCUAGCCAUGUCAGCCCAGUUGUUCUGAGGAAAAGUGUUUCUUUCACUGAAGAGCUGCUUCUGGCUGCUUCUGGAAUGGGCAGUGGGAGUGCUGGAAAAGAAGGGGGGACGUUUAAAACUCUUUUAAGACAGCAGACUCAGUCAGCUCUGGAACAAAGGGAAUUUCCAUUUUUUACCUUGACGGCCUUUCCACCAGGCUUCCUUGUCCACGUUGGUGGCGUUGUUAGUGCCCGUUCUGUGAAGCUCUUGGAUCGCAUUCACAAUCCUGCCUUUGUCGGAAUUAUGGGUAACACAAGAUCAUACAAACUGCUAGACUGGAAUAGUUUCAAUUCAGAUGAACCAGAGACACGAGAUGCAUGGUGGGCAGAAAUCAGACAAGAAAUAAAAUCCCAUGCCAAGGCAUUGGGUUGUCAUGCUGUAGUGGGCUACAGUGAAUCAACUAGCAUUUGUGAAGAGGUCUGUAUUUUGUCCGCGUCUGGCACAGCAGCUGUACUGAACCCUAGGUUUCUUCAGGAUGGCACCAUGGAAGGCUGUUUGGAUCAAAGGUUGUCAUGGCAGCCUGGCUUCUUUUCCAUAGGGUCAGAGAAGGGAGAGGUUGAUUUUUUUCCUCACAGCCAAGAUAGUUCUUCUCUAUUAGGGAUUGAAGAAGCUUCACCACCAGGUUGCGGAUUUUGCCAUAUACCAUAUGAUGAAUUGAACAUGCCAUUCCCUGCUCACCUCACUUAUUGUUACAACUGCAGAAAGCAAAAAGUUCCUGAUGUUCUUUUCACCACAAUUGAUCUUCCUGUAGAGGCCACUGUUAUUGGAAAGGGAUGUCUCAUUCAAGCCAGGUUAUGCCGUCUAAAGAAGAAAGCUCAAGCAGAAGCAAAUGCAACUUCUAUCAGUAAUCUCUUGCCAUUUAUGGAAUAUGAAGUGCACACACAACUGAUGAACAAACUUAAGCUGAGAGGAAUGAAUGCUCUGUUUGGGCUGAGAAUUCAGAUCACUGUGGGUGAAAAUAUGCUAAUGGGAUUGGCAUCUGCAACAGGUGUAUAUCUAGCCGCUUUGCCAACACCUGGUGGUAUUCAGAUUGCUGGGAAGACUCCAAAUGAUGGCACCUAUGAGCAGCAUAUAUCUCACAUGCAAAAGAAAAUAAAUGAUACGAUAGCAAAAAACAAGGAGCUGUAUGAGAUUAAUCCUCCAGAACUACCUGAAGAAAUCAUUGGGUCUCCCAUUCCAGAGCCAAGACAGCGUUCCAGGUUAUUGAGAUCUCAAUCAGAAAGCUCUGAUGAAGUUACGGAGCUAGAUCUUUCACAUGGGAAAAAGGAUGCCUUUGUCUUGGAGAUUGAUGAUACAGAUGCAAUGGAAGAUGUACAUUCUUUGCUAACAGAUGCUCCACCACCUUCUGGUUUUUACAGUUGCAACACGGAAAUUAUGCCUGGUAUAAAUAACUGGACACCGGAAAUACAAAUGUUCACAGCAGUAAGAGUAUCCAGAUUAAGCAAUAUUAAUCUAACAAAUCAAACACUUAACAAGAACUUCAAUGACCUAUGUGAGAACCUGUUGAAGAGCUUGUAUUUUAAACUGCGAUCUAUGGUUCCUUGCUGCCUUUGUCAUGUGAAUUUUACUGUCUCUCUACCAGAGGAUGAAAUAGUUCAGAUUGCAGUCACAGCUGUUGCAAUUACAUUUGACAAAGACCAAGCAUUACAAGCAGCCAAACCCCCUACAGAAAAAUCACAGAAAAGAGCAUCAACAGAUAAUGAAGAACAGCUACAAUUUCCAUUGGAACUUAGCUCUGAUCCCCUUGCUUCUCAACCAUUCUCAGCAACUAAAGAAGUCCCGGAGGGUGCAAGUUCCCACUCAGGUAUUCCUGCUGCUCAGAGAGCAACGUCAAUUGAUUACAGUUCCUUUGCAGACAGAUGCAACAGCUGGAUAGAGCUCAUUAAACUGAAAGCUCAGACCAUAAGGCGCGGAUCAAUUAAGACAACUGCUUCAGUUGAUAAAGCAAGUCCAUUGGCUGAAGGAUACUUACGACACCGUUCCAUUCCAUCAUGUACCAAUUCUACCGUCUCUGUUGUUAAGAUGACACCUCUUUCUUUUAUUCCUCGGGCAAAAAUAACCAAAUACCUUGGGAUAAUCAACAUGUUUUUUAUACGAGAAACUACUUCUUUGCGUGAGGAGGGUGGUGUCAGUGGCUUUCUCCAUGCUUUUAUUGCUGAAGUGUUCGCAAUGGUGAGAGCACACGUUGCAGCGUUAGGGGGCAAUGCGGUUGUCUCAUACAUCAUGAAGCAGUGUGUGUUCAUGGAGAAUCCAAACAAAAAUCAGGCCCAGUGCUUAAUAAACGUAAGUGGAGAUGCAGUCAUCUUCGUACGUGAAUCUGAGCUGGAGGUGUUACCGGUGCAGCCCGCUCCAGUUGCUUCCCAACCCACAAGUACUGGAGGAGAUGUCACAACGUGAAGAUGGAAUAAGUGAAAUAGUCUUCCAGACAGUUUGUUUAAAAUGUGGGAAUGUUAGGAUUGCAUCUUCAAAAUCAGUAUCUUCCCUGAACAUCAUUAGCCAAAGUGUAAGACAAUCACAGUAUUUUGUCCUCUAACUCCAUGCAAUUGUCUGGACAAAUGUUGGUAGGUAUGCUCUGAUUCUUGUGGAAAAAUUCCAACUUCUUGGAAACCUAGACAAGCAGAAGCAGUGAUAAAGAAGUAUGAUAAGAAAGGAGGCAUCCCAGAAAAGUGAGCUAAAAUCCCAUUGCAUUUUUCAGCUGUUAACAAAACUGCAAUACAUUUAAAUUCAGAACCAUCUCCGAGUUCCCUUAUUGUAUCAGGUGCUUCUCAGCUCACUUCAGAAAGGAGUGGGUGUGAGUAGGUGGGCUGUGACUGAGGUUGUGUCAGCAGCCUGUGCUGUGCUGGGGCAGCAAGGGGAGGGAGCACAGGCUGUGAGGUCAUGCAGUGUGGAGAGGAAGGAGCAGCACCAAAAUUCCAUUUGGAUUUCUGCACACAGAAAAUAUUAUUCAACUCUGUGAGAACUGCUGGGUUGUUUUGUUUAAAUUAUUAUUAGAUGAAAUGUUUGGGGUGUUUUUUUUUUUUUUAGAAAGCAGUCAGACCAUGCUGCUGUGUUCUGAUUUCGUGAUUGACAAAACAAAUAUUUUUUUAUAUAAGAAUGUAUGGAAAAAUUGUCAUAAAGCCGACUUCCUUAAGGAGUGUCAUCUUUGCAAAAUAAAUAAAUGAAAUCAUAACCCAUCCUCUUAAGGAGUAGAGAGGUACAUUGCAGCCCCCUUUCCAUGGGGGAUAGGAAACGCCGGGCUGAUUGUACACAGGUGUACAUUUGUGAUGCUCAAUUCUGCACAUUGUUUUUCUUUUUCCGGUACAGUAUCUGGGAAAUGAGGGUACUAAAAAGAAAGGUGAACUGUCAUUUCCAGUUAGUGUCUGAAAGUCAGUGAUACUUCAGUGUAAAAGAUGCAAACCUUUGAUCUGAAGAUGCAUUCUUACCUAAAUCUGACAAUACAUGGAACUUGAACAAAGGUGUAAACUUGAAUGUAAAUAGUCUGCUUAGUGUUGAAAUUAAGCAACGGCAUGGUUAUUUGUUAAAAAUAAUUAUUUCAUUGUAAAUGAGCAUGAAAAUCAUUCUUUGCACAAUAAAUUUCUGUAAAAAAUAUCUUGCCUUUUUAUAUAUGUAAGACCUAAAUGUGUACAGUGGAUGCAUAUUAAAGAUGUCACAUUCUUGCCUUCCUCA